GGCGUCUUUUGAUGUUGUUGUUCGUGCUGACUGCUCUGUUUGUAGUCGAGUCAAUUCUUUUUCUUCCUAUUCUUCAAUGGAAUACGAAUGGUCAGUCAAGUCUGCCGACAAGAAGCCGACAGGAACGGGAAUCCAAGAUCAAGCAUGCAAUGUUCCGCCAUCAGCUCAUUCAAGAAAAGCGAAACCGUACGAAAUACAUCCGAGUUGAUUCCACAAGCCUCCAUCUGCCAAAACAUUUGUUACCUCUCAAAAAAUCUUCUAAUACCUGGUUUUCUAAUAAUGCCUCCCAGAUGUUGCACUGUGAGGAUAUUCUGGAGAUAAGUCUGGUGAAACGAAUCGGAAAAGGUACCACCAAAGAGGUGUGGAAGGCGACUUAUCAGCAGAAAGAAGUCGCUGUAAAGUUAGUGUCUAAGUCCGUUGAUGACAUAAGGACGUGUAUGAAAAGAGUACAAGCUGAUGAGGAGGAGCGACGAAGGUGCUAUACAUAUGCUAAUUACAAACUGAUGAAAGAAAUAUCACUGCUACUGGAUUUACAACAUUCAAAUAUAAUCAAGAUCCUUGGAUACUGCAUUCUUCAAGAUGAAUCAAUCUUUGGUGAUGAUCAUAGCAUCGUUUCUGUUGUUGAGAUCGGAGAGAGAAUAACAAGGAAAAAAGUCUUGGGCAUGUCGUGGACAAAGCGAAUGCAGGUAAGAAUCAAAAGAACAAAAACGGAUGUAAAACCCUAAAUUAUAAAAACAAGU